UUAGUCCCGCCACCUCAUCACACGCCGGUUGCUCUCACACCAGCCUGACAUGGGGAUCUCACAGACAGUAUCUGGCAGUCAAUUGAUGUCCUCACUCACCUGAAUGGAUGCCCUCUUCCUCUGCCCAGCGAGAGAAGCCAGCAUCCGCAAACAUGCACUCAGCCAGCCGCCUACACAAAGAAAGACACAAAUAUGUCCACUCCUCACGACACUCAUCAAGAGCAUACUUGGAUCGGUUCCGUUCGCUUUCGAGGUCGUUCUCAUCCAUGAUUCCUCGUGUGUCCCUCGCGGCCACUGCGUGCACAUGUGUGGCUCUCAUGGCCGCCUGGGGCAGGGCAAACUCAGACAGAGAGGGGGAGACGGGGCAGAGGGAUGCGCCCCAAAGAGGAGAGGACUCUGUCGUGACGAUGGGGCUCAAGCGGGAGACAAAGAUAUCAGGGGACCUGCAAGAUGUACACCUCAGCGUCGUGUGACAUCUCGUCACGCUUCUUACGUUUGUGAGGUUGUGCACGGUGCGUUCUCGCCAUUUGCGGCAUGUUCCCGCCAGCCGCAGUGUUGGCCGUCCCCGUCAUUGGAAAAAUCGAGACGUGAAGUCUCGAGAGCAGGCUGCAGCUCCGAAGGAAGGGGCGAGGACGGCGGGCAUCGAUCCAGUCGGCCUUGGAAGGAACUCACAAGCUCCUUGAGCCUCGCCAAGUCCGACAUCGGUGGCCGUACACACGAAUAAGAAGUGUCUCCGUGCCCUGCUUCAAGGAGAGAGACAUACAAGCAGUUGCCACGGCCUGGUGCUGCGCAAUCACCUGUACUCACCGAAUUGGCAGAGGCGCGAUACUGUGGCUGGACUUACGUCCCUGGGCCCUUCUCUUGCCUCUGUCAGCUCCCUCUUGAUAUUUUCAGCCCUAGUCAAAGCAUCCACUUUAUGUCUCACAUGUACCGCUCCACCUCGGCAGCUUCGGCGCCUCAGCGUCUUGGUCUUGGUCGUGGGCAAAGGCGACAGCCUCAACCUAGUCGAAGGCGACCUGCUUAGAGACGUGAGCGGCUGCAGCGUGGCCUCCGUCCCGCGCCGAUCAGAUUCCCAGCAGACUCCUCCUUCUUUCCUUGCUGCCCUCCUCAGGGUGUUCUGCGGCGGCCCUGUGGCUACCGGCGGCCGAGUGAGUGAGAACUUCUGGCUGCUGAUACAUGGCGUCUCUUUCUCGUCCUGGCUUUCGCUCGUCAUCUCGGAUCUCAUGGGAGAAACCAGCAUGGAGUCGUCCGAUGGGCCUUGCGUCACGUCUUUGGGUGGUCCCGGCAGCUGAGGGGGUGAAGGGGCGCUGUCCGGGGUGAGCGAGAAGGACAGAGAUGAAGAGCACGACGGCUGGUCAUCCACUGGCUUGUUCAUUCGGGCCGACGUUAGGCUGUCACAGUCGAUCGGUACUGACGUCCUGUGUCCGACCAGCAGUGGUGCAAAUGUGGUUGUCUCGUCCACCGGUUGUGUCUCACUGCAGCUUGUUUCGAGCCGCUCCAAUGACGGCAGCAGCGGGACAACAGGGGGCGAGAAGGAUAGUCCAUUCGGAGGCGGCACCAUCACACUCGUCGACGGCAGCUCUUCACUCACAUCAGACCUCGGUGUCAUAUCUAUCUUGUCCCCAGUGUCUCCAGCCGCUUUGCGGAGAUUGGAAGGUGGGCUGCUUGGCGGCGCCGGUAGCUUCAGUCUGGGGAUCUGAGUCCGUUUGGGAGAUGGGGGUACGACAUUUGGGCGAGCGGGGGACGGCGGACGGGCUUUUGCACGAGGGAUGCGAGAAGGGGGGCGGGAUGUCCUUGCUUCUCUUGGGAGAGGCGUCUUCCGGGGACCUUUGACGCCGGCCUUGCGACCGCCUCUAGCCUCGGAUGGGUUAGAAGGCCCGCCGCAGCCGUCGUCGCUCGUCGGCCCUCCCUUGAGUGGUGCCUCGAGGAAGCCAGUGCCAUCGCCGAAAGGUACAGCCGACACCACUUCAGCAGGAUGAGUCGCCAACGGAGCAGCAACGGCCUUCUCGGCUCCGUCCUUCGUUGAAAUAUUCUGCUGUUGGCAUACGCCCUCCGUCUCUGUGCCUUUCUCAUGCUUUUCCUGCGUCUCCGUCUCGUCUCCUGGGGCAGCAUCCCUCAGCGUCGCCAGAAUCAGAUAUCGAUAAAGCCACACAAUCAGCAGAAAGUUGAGCAGGGCCCGCACCCAAUAGGGGGUCGUAAGCACAAGACCCAGGAGGAACACAGAGCUGGGCUGAGGCAGGAAGGGGCCCAU